UUCACAUUCACUUGAAUCAGGGCAGAAGUGAAGAUUAAGUUCAACUCAUCAUUUGCCGUCCUUUUUCAUCAAUCGACAUCAAAAUCUAGAGAUAUCUUAUAUCGAAAGGCCUGCAGAUGCGUUUCAAUUGACGCAAGGCUUCAAGAGACGGCGAAACGAGCGGCGGAUGAGAACAAAGAAGACCCGAAUUUGCUUUGCUCAGUCACUCGACCCAACUCAAGACCUCGACAGUAUACCACACGAAAUAUUUUGUGGGAUAUCGUUUUCGCACAUCACAUCGACAUCAUGUCCGAAACUCAAAACGAAGAGGUUCGUGCCUCAGUUCCCACGGAGACCAAGGUUGAAGAUGUCAAAAUCGAGAAGAAGCCAUUCUCCUGGCUCGAACCACAUCCCACGUUCGUCAUCAUCCUCGUUGGUCCUGAUGAGACUCCUUUCGGCAUACAGAAAGAUUUGCUCUGCUCUCGAUCCGAAUUCUACGAAAAGCACUUUUCAGGAACCACACCUGAUGACAAGAUUGAGCACAUAGUCAAGCUUCCUGAGACCACAAAGGAAAUAUUUGGACUGGCUCAGCACUUCCUUUACAUGGACAAGGUGAUUGCGGACGAGGCGAAUCUCCCAUCGUACGAGGCUCUUGUUGGACUCUGGAAGCUUGGUCAUAAGAUCAAUAUCAAGGGACUCUGUGACAAAGCUCUUACCGCGAUGAUUGACUGUCGUCGAAUCACGGAAUCAAUCCCAGCUACACCCCUUCUCAUCCAGGUCUGGAAGGAUACGCCUGAAGGCUCAUCGAUUCGAAAGCUACUGCUGUCAUGGACCGCCGAGUACAUGCGCUUUUCGGACGCUCGAGCAGAAUUUGCCAAGUCGCUACCGCAGGAAGUGCUCAGCGAGCUUGUCGUUGCCAUGAGUUCCUUCGACACGGUUCCCGCCCCCGAAGCAUCAGCCACCAGUGCUGUUCCUUCUGCGACACCUCGAAAGAACGUUCAUUAUCUGGAGGACGAGCCCGAGAAUGAUGCCAAGAGGAGCCGACGAGCGAGCGGUGGACCAGUCAGUGCUCCAGCAUCAGUAGAUCGAUCGAUCAAAGCCCGUGGCUCCUUGCCUAAGCCCGCGCCUCGACGAAAGACUGGCGCUGGCUAUACCGAAGGACGAGACUUUACCACAUCACAAAAGCUGGAUUUCUGCUCGGACCUGCUGACAAGAAUGCUGUCCGGACCUGGAUUCUGGACCAGACUCGUCGGCCCUUUCAGAGACGCUGUUGAACCCGUCGAGGAUGGCGUGCCUGACUACUUCGAUAAGGUCAAGCGACCAAUGGACCUUACUACGAUCAAGGCUAAGAUGGAUCGUAAGGAGUAUACUAGUGACGAGGAGUUCGUUGCAGACGUACGUCAGAUUUUCGACAACUGCUUCACGUACUGGAAGAAGGGAGACCCAAUGUGGCUUGCAGGGGAGAAGCUCCAGAAGACAUUUGAAGACAAGUUCUCUCACAUGAACAAAUGGAUUGCCAAAAUGGGUGGUGAUGAAGCCGACUAGAUGGGAGCUUCAUCGCAAAGAUCGACUACGGCUGAAGGAGAACAUCCAUCCUCGGCGGAUGGAAUCCAAGGCGAUGUUUGAAACGCCUGUAUUAUAUAUCUAUGUAUGAAGUGCGUCCUAGCUAUCUUGUACUAGACAGUGGUUAGGAGACUAAAGGAUGGGGAUACGUCGUGCUUGUGCAAGUACGUAAGGUAAUGUGUUUUUUUCGGGCGUCUCUUGGAGGUCUGGUAGAAGGAGAGUCGGAUCUUUUUGUCCGCUCACCGUACAACAGUUCGAGUAAUUGAUUUAUUAACCCUGA